AUGGAGAAGAAACAAGGGUUUUUCUCAUCACUCAGAGAUGAAGUUAAGCGAGGUCUUUCACCUUCUCGUUCCAGACCACGUUCUCGUUCCUCUAGUCCAACCCGCACAAACCCACACAUGAAAGCUCUUCUCUGGGGUCGUAACAAACUAAUCUCCGUUUCCAGCGGUGGCGGCUCCAGCGCCGCCGGUUAUUACUUAUCGCAACCGGAGACGUUAAUCGGAAGAUCCAGUAGUUUAAGACCUGUAAUGGAAGGUCCUGAUCCAGACGAUGAUGGAGGAGGAAGUAGAGGUGAGAUUUCAAAGGAUUCGAAACGAAUCGGGUCGGGUUUAGGUCAUUGGGUAAUGGGUCAAUUGUCACGUGCUCCGUCCGUGACUACUUCUACGGCGGCUUAUCGGAGGUCCGAUUUAAGACUUCUCCUCGGCGUUAUGGGAGCUCCUCUCGCACCUAUUCAUCUUCUUCACCUCACCACCACCACCAUCAAAGAUAACUCAAUCGAAACAUCAUCGGCACAGUAUAUUCUGCAGCAGUACAAGGCGGCUUGUGGUGGUCAGAAGUUACAAAACUCUAUUAAAAACGCUUAUGCUAUGGGUAAACUAAAGAUGAUAACUUCAGAGCUUGAAACUCCAACAAGAACAGUUCGAAAUCGGAACUUGACAAAGUCGGAAACUGGAGGUUUCGUUCUUUGGCAGAUGAAUCCAGACAUGUGGUAUGUUGAGCUCUCUGUUGGUGGUAGUAAGGUCCGUGCUGGAUGUAAUGGGAAGCUUGUUUGGCGACAUACUCCUUGGCUUGGUUCUCAUACUGCUAAAGGACCGGUCAGGCCUCUUCGUCGUGCGCUUCAGGGACUUGAUCCGAGAACUACUGCUGCUAUGUUUGCUCAAGCGAAGUGCGUUGGAGAGAAGAAAGUGAAUGGUGAAGAUUGUUUCAUUUUGAAGCUGUGUACUGACCCUGAAACGUUAAAGGCGAGGAGUGAAGGACCAGCAGAGAUUGUAAGACACAUUCUUUUCGGUUACUUCAGUCAAAGAACAGGACUUUUAGUUCAAAUCGAGGAUUCGCAGUUGACACGGAUUCAAUCCAACGGUGGUGCUGAUACUGUUUAUUGGGAAACCACGAUCAACUCGUCUCUAGAAGAUUACAGACAAGUCGAAGGAAUCAUGAUUGCUCACUCUGGACGCUCUGUUGUUACCCUUUUCAGAUUUGGAGAAGUCGCGAUGAGCCACACUAGGACAAAGAUGGAGGAAAAAUGGACCAUUGAAGAAGUCGCUUUCAAUGUUCCCGGUCUGUCUCUGGACUGCUUUAUCCCACCUGCUGAUCUUAGGUCUGGUUCUUUAGCCGAGGCUAGUGUUUACCCUGCACAAGAUGAGAAAGGGAAGAGCUCGAUCGCAUUGGCUGCAACAGCUCAUAGAGCUAAAGUUGCAGCGUUGGAGAAAGGAAGGUUUGACGAUAACCCGGUAUGGCAUAUCGAUGUCUGA